AUGGGAAAGAACUUCCAUCUGUACGAGAACAUCUCUAAGGUCAGCCCAUUUGAGGGGCCACAGUAUCACCUGGCCCCAAUAUGGGCUUUCUACCUCCAGGCUGCUUUCAUGGGCUUUGUGUUCUUUGCUGGAACACCCCUAAACUUUAUAAUUCUCGUGGUGACAGGGAAGUACAAGAAACUGAGACAACCGCUGAACUACAUCCUGGUCAAUGUCUCGUUAGCAGGUUUCAUCUUUGUGACGUUCUCUGUGAGUCAAGUGUUCGUUUCUAGUGCGAGAGGAUACUACUUCCUGGGUUACACCUUGUGUGCAAUGGAAGCUUGCAUGGGUUCAAUAGCAGGGUUGGUGUCAGCUUGGUCUCUGGCUGUCCUUGCCUUUGAGAGAUACGUGGUCAUCUGCAAACCCUUCGGCACCUUCAAAUUUGACAACAACCAGGCUCUGGCGGCUGUUGCCUUCACCUGGGUCAUGGGGAUCAGAUGUGCAACCCCACCAUUCUUCGGCUGGAGCAGGUAUAUCCCUGAGGGUCUGGGCUGCUCCUGUGGACCUGACUGGUAUACAAACAACGAGGAGUACCACUGUGCCAGCUACACCAAAUUCCUUAUUGUUACCUGUUUCCUCAUGCCCAUGUCCAUCAUCUUUUUCUCCUACUCCCAGCUACUGGGAGCACUACGGGCUGUGGCAGCUGCACAGGCUGAGUCAGCUUCCACCCAGAAGGCAGAAAAGGAAGUAUCCAGGAUGGUGAUUGUGAUGGUGUGCUCCUUCAUUCUGUGUUACGGCCCCUACGCCUUGGCAGGCUUGUACUUCGCCUAUACAACAAGCGAGAAAGACUACCGCCUGGUCACCAUCCCUGCUUUCUUCUCUAAAAGCUCCUGUGUAUACAACCCUCUCAUUUACGCCUUCAUGAACAAACAGGUGAUUCUAUAAGCCCCAAAUACAUAGAAAUCGACUGACAUAGUGGCACACAUACACUCAUUGACAUAGUCAGAAAUGAAGCACAUGAAUUAAAACGUGAGUCUGAACAAGACACACAACCAUAUCAUGUUCAUUCUCUGUCAUAUAAAUCUACGUCUCCCUCAGUUCAAUGCCUGCAUCAUGGAGACUGUGUUUGGAAAGCAGAUUGAGGAGACUUCAGUUUCAGCCUCCAAGACUGAGGUCUCCACAGCCUAAUCUGUGACUCUAGUCUCAGUCCAUCAGAUGCCCAUCCCCAACAGCCAACAGUCUUGGGGUGGAUUCAAUAAACCAUCUAAGGUUCCCUAACACUUGAUUGAAAUUGUGAGUUCAGGGGAAAUGGGGUUUAUUGAAUCUACUC